AUCACUAAACACACAAUCCAAAAAGUGUUUCUUAGUUUCCAGAGGAGAAGCAAAAGGAAGACAGCUCAUUCAUCAUACGAAAAUGAGGGCAAUCGCAGCUUUGUUUGUCCUUUUCUGUUUCCUUGUCCCCUCUGCUUUGGCGCAGCUCCGGUUUGGGUUCUACGGCCGGUCAUGUCCCCGAGCCGAAUCCAUCGUUAGAAAUGUUGUUAACAACCGUUUCCGCCGUGACCGUAGCAUUACCGCAGCAUUGCUUCGUAUGCAGUUUCAUGAUUGCUUUGUCAGGGGUUGUGAUGCUUCCCUCUUGAUCGACCCAAGACCCGGAAGGCCAUCAGAGAAAAGCACCGGACCAAAUGCAAGCGUGAGAGGCUACGAGAUCAUUGACGAGGCUAAGAGACAGCUCGAGAUUGCGUGCCCUCGAACCGUCUCAUGCGCGGACAUUGUGACUCUAGCCACCAGAGACUCGGUUGCAUUAGCUGGUGGUCCAAGCUUCUCAGUACCAACAGGAAGACGUGAUGGAUUAAGGUCAAGCCCCAAUGAUGUGAACUUGCCCGGACCAACCAUUCCCGUGGGCGCAUCCAUCCAAUUGUUUGCAGCUCAAGGCAUGAACGCGGAUGAUAUGGUUACACUUAUUGGUGGUGGCCACAGUGUCGGUGUUGCACAUUGCAGUCUCUUCCAGGAUAGGCUCGCCGACCCUGCGAUGGAAUCCACCUUGAAGGCUAGGUUGAGGAACACGUGCCGCUCUCCAAAUGACCCAUCGGUGUUCUUGGACCAAAGGACUCCGUUUAUUGUGGAUAAUGCAAUCUUCGGAGAGAUCCGAAGACAGAGAGGAAUCCUUAGGAUUGAUCAAAACAUGGGUCUCGAUGGUUCAACCCGUGGAAUUGUGUCGAGAUAUGCAUCAAGCAAUAAUCUCUUUAGACAGAGAUUCGCUCAAGCAAUGGUGAAAAUGGGUAGAAUUAGGGUUCUUACCGGACGCUCUGGAGAGAUCAGGAGAAACUGCAGAGUCUUCAACAACGGACGUUGAUCCUACUACACUUUCCUUCAAACUCUUUGUUUGUUUUUCCCUUUUUGUUUUUACUCUUUCCAAUAAUCAACCAAAAGUUUGUUUUUUCUCCCGGUAUUUGAUUCUUUCCUUCAAAUUUGAUAUGUAAGUUGCAUUUUAUUGUAUUCUUUUUUGUUUUCCUGUGAUUUCUAUUGUUAUUUUAUUGUGUGCAAUUGUAUGUGGUUCAAUUCAAUUCAACUAUUUCGUUCGUUGGUAAUUUUUUAUCUAUAAUUUAAUAUAUAAUUUCUUUUUGG